CGUAUUCCAGUGCAAAGCAGAGUGAGAUGAAGAGUUGCUCCGCGGGGCAGCGGGAGCGCCGUCUGGUGUCAGGCGCGGCGCAUAAGCGGAUUUAUGGACGGCAGUUGUUGAGCGGCUGUCAGACGUGUGUGAGGAGCUCCACCGCUGCUCCACUGACGAGCUUCAUUUAAACACCGGAACCUCGCAAACCUCGCCACAAACGCGAUUAAUGGUAAAAAAAACAACAACACAACAUCAUUGGUGCAGUCCUUGGCUUCAAUAGCUUGCAGAUGGUGGGUGAGCAGUAUGAGAGCAGCACAGAGGGCAGUGGCAUGCCCAGGCCCGUGCCCGAGCACAUCUACAAGGUCGGCAUCUAUGGCUGGCGGAAGCGCUGCCUCUACCUGUUUGUGCUGCUGCUUAUUAUCAUCCUGGUGGUCAACCUGGCCCUCACCAUUUGGAUCUUCAGGGUCAUGUGGUUCAACUCGGAAGGAAUGGGCCUCCUGCAAGUCCACUCGGAAGGCGUGAAAUUGGACGAGGGUGAAUCCGAGUUUCUCUUGCCCCUCUACGCAGAGGAGAUCCACUCCAGAGAAGACUCUCCACUCCUUAUACACUCGGAUACAGAAAAGGUUUACCUCAAUGCCCGCGAUGGAAAUGGUGAUGUCACAGGGAGGAUGUCUGUGGGUCCAAAGCAGACUGAAGGAGAUACACCAAACAUGCUCAUCAGCUCCGCUAGCGACAACAUGCUGUUCUCUGCAGAUGGCAACCAGGCUGUGAAUGGACCAGACAAACUGCGUAUCACAGGUCCUGAAGGAGCACUGUUCCAACAUUCAGUGGAGGUUCCCCUUCUCAAGUCAGAGCUCUUCAAAGACCUGAGGUUGGAAUCUCCCACUCGUUCACUCACAAUGGACGCUCCAAAGGGAGUUCAUUUAAAAGCCUUGGCUGGGAACAUUGAAGUGGCUUCCAAUAUGGACGUUAUCCUGCAAUCCAGCGUGGGACUGUUGGUGCUGGACGCCGAGACAGUGCGCAUGACCAAUCUGCCCCAGAGUCAAGGAGGAGUUUCCGGUAAUGCAGAGGGUCUUUUUGAAGUGUGCGUGUGUCCCAGUGGAAAGCUCUUCCUGUCCAAGGCCGGCGUCACCUCCACUUGCAGUGAUAACCAGGAGUGCUAAGAUGUUGCUCAGAGUCCGACCAGCAGAGGGCGUUGUGCUUGCAGGAAGACGUCCUACGCACACGGGCGCACACGCACGCACACGCACGCGCGCGCUCACACACACACGCAUGCACACACACACGCACACACACACAAAGUAUCACACAAGUAUCAUGGCUGGGCAAAUGAGGAGCUGCUUUACAGCUUACAUCCUAUGCAAUAUCAUAUCUUGUGGUGCAAUACAAAGUGGCACAUGUAAAGGGCUUGGAGUGGUGUGAGAAAAAAAACAAGAUACAGGCUUGUAUCAUAUUAGUAUUAUUAUUGCAUGGAUUUUGAUGCGAUAUUCUUUGUGUUUUGGUUUGAUAAUUAGCAUGUUUACUUGAUAGUGGAAAAAUGAGGGGAAAUGAUGAUGUACUGGCUUCAUUAGGCAUAUCUACUCAAUCUAAAAAGGUUCAAUAUAAUAGGUGUACUAAAAGAGUUGCCUUUUAAAUGAUAUAUUACAUAGCUUUGAUUUAUAUUUCACAUUUGCAUUGAUUUGACAUUAUUAUUUAAAAGUUUAUUAAAACAAAAAACAAGAGCUAUAAGCAGCAUAGUUGCCUACCACUGAAAAAUACAACCGCAGUAAUAUAUAUAUGUAUAUAUAGAAAUAAUAAAUAUAUAUUAACCAUAUAUUAUAUAUUAAUAUAUUAUAGUAACCUCUCUGGCAUUAUUAUCUUUCUAAAGGAUUGAUUUUUGAUACAGCACGCAUUUUGGACCUGAUUAGAUUUGUAAGUGUACCUAAUAUUGCCCUUGGCUUUAUAAAUAUAACAUCUGUUUCAGAUGCUAGGUAACAAAUAUUUUAAAUUGGUUACAAGGUGGAUAUUUUGAUAACAUAUUUACAUCUAGUUGGAAUUGUGUUAAUUUUGAACAGAAGACAAUGAAAAAUAUCCAACAAUAAAGUUGUUUGUGUUGUAA